AUGCCGACUGAGUCCGCCCUGCUGCUGUCUCUGGCUCUCCUGAGCCGCGUGGCGACCUCGCACGGCUCCGCCCCAACCACGGCCGACCACGUCGUGUCCGGUCUCGCCGAGGUCUGCACCGCAGGAGUGCGGGAUGCUGUUCAGCACGAGGUCAGAGAAACGGCCAACCAGGCGGUGAGUCAGCUCAGGAGCGGUCAGCAGGAGCUGAACGCCACCCUGCAUCGGCUGCAGGAUCAGCUGGCGUCCCUGCAGCCGGCCGCCGCGCAGUGCCCGGACGGAUGGAGACGCCACCAGGACAGCUGCUACCUGGUGACGCCCCACCAGACCACCUGGAUGGCCGCGCACCACGUCUGCGCCGCGCUCGACCGGCGCGCGCGGCUGGCCUCGGUGCACCCCGGCUCUGCGGCGUUCCUGAAAAGCCUGGCCAAGUCGUACCGGGCCGACCAGCUGAUCUGGAUCGGGCUGGCGCGUCUGAGCGCGGGGGGCAGCUGGUCGUGGAGCGACGGGUCGCCGGUAGACUACGCCGACUGGGACGGGGGCCAGCCCAAUAACGCCAAGGGCGUGGAGGACUGCGCACAUUUCGGCGGAGGUGCGAGGUCUGCGGAAAAACGGUGGCAUGACAACAGCUGUACCCGCAUGUAUCUCGCCAUGUGCCAGAUCAACCUGAGCUGA